GUAUGGACUCUAGCGAAGUUAUUUCUAAUCCAAUCUGUCCAAAUAAACCAAAAAUUCCCUAUGAGAUAACAAAGACUUUUUGUCCUCGGUAAGAAAAUUCAAGUUAUUUGAAUUGGUAAGAAUAAGCUAAUGAUAAAACUAAUUCUGAAUUAACUCAACUCUAUGGAAUGUCUGCUUAUAAAGUACUUACUGGAGAAAAUGAAUUUGAUGGGCAUUGCUGCAAUAAAAUGGCAGAAAUAGCUCGAAACAACUAGAAGCAACUUUAAGGAUAAUUAGCUACUAUGUAAUAAUUGAAUAUAUUAAUUUCUGAACAUUAAAAGCUAUUAGAUCGUUCCUAUUAACAACUAAAGGAUGAAAAAUAAAGGAAAGAUCAAUAAUUAGCAAAAAGUUUAGAUAUCAGUUAAGACUUAUAAAGUAAAGAUCAAUUAAUUAAUUAAUGGAAAACCAAAUAUGAAAAGGAAAUUAUGUAAAAUUAAUAAAGAGACGACAAAAUUGAGUAAAAGUAUAAUUUAUAUUUAGACUAUUGAAGCAAAAGAUAGCAGAAGCAAAAGAAAGACAGGAAUAAUCAGUUACAAUUGUAGGACUAUAAGAUGAAAUAAAUACUUGGAAAAAUAGAUAUCUUAAUCUAAAAAAAACAUAUGAUGAAACAAAGCAAAAAUUAAUUGAACUUGAGCAUGAAUCAGAAGUAUUAAAAAAUAAAUAGCCAAAUUAAGAUGAAUCUUCUUAAUCUACAAUUACUACAACAACAACAGUUAAAAGAACAAGAAAAUAAUAAGAAUGA